UCACGUGACUGGCGGGAACCAAGACUUUCCGAGCAGCCCGUGUCCCACCAGGUCGCGCGUGUGUGUGGAUGUGGAUGUGGAUGUGUGUGUGUACGGGCCGGGUGCCAUGUGGUGGUUCACGCAAGGCUUGUGCUUCUUGCCGGUCUUCCUGGUGGUGUGGUCCUCCUGCACCUUCAUCGUGUCCUACAUUAUCGCGCUCUUCAGACGCGACGUGGACGUCUUGUUUCCAUACAUAAGCGACACAGCGGCGACCCCCCCAGAGAGCUGCAUAUUUGGCUUGAUGACAUUUGUUUCGGCAUGUGCAGGCAUAGCCACGAUCUACGCCAGGUUCAAGUACGUGGAGAAGCUGACUGAGGAAACCAGGGUGGUGAGUCCACGUCUGAAUAGGGUGACGCUGGUGCUGGGAAUGCUGUCCUGCUUGGGAAUGUGCGUCGUGGCAACCUUCCAGGAGACCUUAGUGACGGUGGUCCACGACAUGGGAGCCUUGCUGUUCUUCGUGUCAGGCGUCCUCUACAUCAUCCUCCAAAGCGUCAUCUCCUAUAGCUCCUUCCCCUACGGAACCUCCAUCAGCGUGUGGCGAGCACGGCUGGCGGUGGCCGUCAUCGCCUCCGUGGCCUUCUUUCCCACUGUCAUUUGUGCCUUCCUGGUGAAACAAACGGACCAAAGGGAUCUUCACAGGGACACAGGAAGCAAGGACUAUCCCUUCCAUGUGGCCAGCGCCGUGUGCGAGUGGAUCGUGGCCUUCAGCUUCGUCUGCUUCUUCCUCACCUACAUCGAUGACUUUAAGAUGUUUACGCUGCGAGUUAGGACCGAGUUGGUGUCUUGAAAGGACCUCAUGAUCUUAUCUAUCUUGUGUACGACAACCACUUCCUGUAUCAUUUCACACGGUGCUGCACUUUGCUCCGCUCUUGUGACAGCAGACGUUACGAGACGUUAUUAAGUGGACACAUGAUGCGGGAGCGUGUGACACCUUUUUUUUUUUUUUUUUUUUUUACACAUUUCACCGACUUCUUCUAACGGAAUAUGUUAUGUAGAAGUCCCGGAGUUUUGACUGAACUGAUCUGUUACGUAAUCACCAUUGCUGGAUCCACCGUAUAUCACAGUAAUCUAUCACGGGCUGAAAGGGACUUGGUAAAUAACACAAACAACAUUUUUGUUUUACUACAACGUCCAUAAAAAUGACACGCACAUUAUGCAAAUUAGACACGCAAGUCCAACUGCCGCAGCUAGAUUAAAGUCCUGUGGAAAACAGUGACAGGAAUCUUCUGCUUUGGUUUAUUAUUUGACUGAUAAACAAACACUGCCAAGCCUGUCAAUAAAGACACUUUU